GCACUCUCAGUGCAGGUCCCCAGUUAAAAUGGGAUAAAAACCUGUGCUAAAUCAAUAUAGAAGGACCAAAGAUCUGCUGUGAUGACCCCUAAUGGGAGCAGCUGAAAAAACAACAACAACAUGUGAUCGUGAGAGGCACCAUAUGCACAUCCCCAUGAAUACACCGCACCUUCACCUUCCAACACCUCUCUAAAACCUCAUCUUGAAUCAGGCAUUGGUGUGUUAUGGCCCUGAUCCACCAAGGCCUGAUGCAUAUCCCCUUGAGUACUAACUGGCACUCUGUAGGUCAGCUCCGGUUUGGGGGACGGCAAUAGAAUCGCAGAGAUCCCGAGCACACGACUCACAUCCAUCCUCAGGCACUAUGCAUUUUGAGACUAUAAUGAAACCCACAAGUGCCGAUGCUCCAGAUAUUCACGUAGCCUAAAGAAGACCGGUUUGUGCUAACAUAAUAGCACAAGGGCCUUCUAAUGAUGAAUUAGCCUGUUAACAUGAAAAUUUAAGAUUAUCUAACACAAUGUGCCAUUGGAACACAGGAGUGAUGGUUGCUGAAAAUGUGCCUUUAUAUGUCUGUGUAGAUAUUCCAUUAAAUUCAGCUGUUAAUAGUCAUUUACAGCAUUAACAAUGUCUAGACUGUAUUUCUGAUCAGUCUAAUGUUAUUUUAAUUGGAAAAAAUAACGAUGCUGUACGAUGCAGCGGCCACUAGGGGAGCCCAAGACCACGUUUCUACUGAAACCACAGAACCUAACAAAACACUGGAGCAUAUUUCAUAUCAAUGUUUCUUCUCUGCCUCCCUUUUUCUUUUUCCUUUUUUUAUGUCCCACUUUUCUUUCUUUCAUAACACCCUUUUUUAGUUUUGCUAUUGAUGCUUUAUUUAUUUCUUUUUUUCCCUUAUUUCUUUAUUGUUAGACCUACUUAAAAUGUUUUAUAUUCUAGUUCUGUUAAUUUCAUGUGUAGCUAAGCAUGUGCUACUAUCAUGCAAAAAAACACAAAAAACAAAAACAACACUUUUUAAGAUAAAUUGGACUCACUGUGCACACAAGGGGACUUUUAUUGUAAAAUUCCGCCUGAUUUCAACCCCGGAAGUCGCCCAAACGCCGCAGAUGUCUCUCCUAUUAUAAAUUUAUUAUCAGAGGCUCAAAAGGAGAAAAUCUUGCUGUUAGAAAUGUCGCUUUAUCUCACUAACAUCAGCAACAGUGUCACUGAGAACAUGGCCGAGGAAAAGAGUGUGAAGAAAGAGUUUGAGUGUGUGCAACUGGGAGAUCUGCAGCAGAAAGACGAGUGCAGAGAGAAAGCUCCACGCAGAGUCAUUCACUUCUCCAACGGAGAGACAAUGGAGGAAUACAGCACCGAGGACGAGGAAGACCACACGCACACGCAGCCUGACAAAAAUGACCUUUUGUCUUCAGUAGAUGCGUCGAAGCUGACAUGGGGUCCAUACGUCUGGUUUCAGAUGUGGAGAGCAGCUACAAACACUGUGUCAGCGUGUGAUUAUGUGGGAGAGAGAAUGGCCUCGUUGUUCGGCAUCACAUCCGCCAAAUAUCAGUACGCCAUCGACGAGUACAACAGAACCAACAAACAGGAAAACGAAGCUACGGAUCCUCCUGACUCAGAGGAGGCAGAGUCACAUUUUGAGGAGAAACAAAAGGAGGAGAUCCAGGAGCAGAGCAUUGACGAGACUAACGUUGAUGACACCAAGAACCUCAAUGCUGUGACUCCUCCUGAACCCGUGAACCUCGACGCUGAGACUCCUCCUGAACCCGUGAACCUCGACGCUGAGACUCCUCCUGAACCCGUGAACCUUGACGCUGAGGCUCCUCCUGAACCGGAGAACCUCGAUGUUCCUGUUACUGUACAGAGCAUUUAGCCACCUUCAGUUCCAGCACUGAGUUCUCCACCUGAGGUUCCACCUGCAGCACUAAACAAAUCUUAACUCGUUCCUCUUUUACACGUCUUUAAUAGCGUGUUUUACUUUGUUUUACCCUCAUCAUGGACCAAAUAUAAAGGUUUUAGUUGUUUUAGAGCAUAUUGCACUGAUGUACUGAAAUAUUGAUGUGCUGACUUAUUUAUAUUUAUAGUACAGUUAUUUAUUCAGUGGUCAACGUUUACUUUAAGAUCAAUUGUAAAACUUAUCAGAAAGCCUUAAUUUCCUGCAGUAAAGUUUCUACUUGUAUUUAUUAAAUUUUUAAUACUUAAUAUCUGUUAUAAUUAAGUAAAAAAUGUUUUAUAUUUUUCUAUUUAACACUGGAAUAAAUGUCUAUAUUGGGCACAAUUUGAACUUUUUUAUUUGUUUUAUUUAAUAUCAUUGCAGUGUGUGUUCUGUCACACUUUCAAAAUUAUUGGCACCCUUUUUAAAGAUGGGUUUAAAGUAAAAAAAAAAGUAAAAACAACUUUGUUGUUAAUUAGCUUAAUCUCACACUGAAAACAUGAGAAGUCUAACCUUUUAAUUAAAAUUAAUCUAACUUUAAUAUAUUUUUAGCAAAAAUCACAUGUCAAAAUUAUUGGCACCCCUAGAAAGUUUUUUUUAUUAUUAUUCUUUCCUCACUUCUUGGUUUGUUUUUGUAUUUUUCUUUCGUUCUUUAAGUUGUUCUUUCCUACUUUCUGUCUCUCCUUCCUCACUUCUUUCAUUCUACAGCCAUAGCCAUCGCACAUUCCUACUAGUUUGUACUGAGUGGAAUUUAUAAGAAUUCUUGUUUAUUUAUUUAUUUAUCUAUCUCAGAAAUGAUGCUAUGAAUCAGCUGUGUGGUGGUCAUGUGUGUAACUGGAAUGGAAGUGUGCUACUUCAGCUUUCCACCAGUUCUGCUUUUAUUCUGGCGUUCAGCAGAGUAAAGAGUUGUAGGUUGGAGGAUGGAGGUUGGUGGUGCUGCAGAGAGAGACGGCUCAUCUAUGCAGCCACGCCCAAAUGAGAACAAGGAUGUCCUUCAGACACGAUACAAUACGGCAUUGAGCUGGUGAUAAACCGUUUCAACUUGCAUCUCAUAUGAAAAAAAAAAAAAAUUUGAGCAGAUUGAUUGGAUUCAUUAUUAAACAAUUAUUAUACUGUUAAACUAUUGUUGGUUUACUUGCAUGAUCACAAUAUUAGAGAUUUUAUAUACAUAUAAAGGUUUAAUACAGCUGCAGAUUACAGGUUUAUAUUAAUGCACAUGUUCUAAUACGUUAUUGUUUCUAUAGCAACAGCUCCUUCACAUGGACGUGUACAGCAGACGCACCACAUAAUGGGUGUAACUGUUGAUAUAUUGAAAUUUCUAUAAGGAUAAAAUGUCUUUAUGUAACACUGAACACUUUACUUCCAUAUUUGAAUAAAAUCUAUUUACACAUACCAACUGUACACCUGUACCAACAUGAUGGAUCAGAGUUCUUCAAAUCCAGCCCUCGAGGUCCACUGUCCUGCAGAGUUUAACUCCAACCCUAAUCAAACACACCUGAACAACCUAACCAAGGUCUUCGGGAUUACUAGAAAAUUACUCUCGGGUGAGUUUGGAGGUUAUAGCUAAACUCUGCAGAUCUGAAGAACCCUGUGAUAGAUCAUGCUUCACU